GCGCGUCGUCCAAUGGGGAAGCCGAGCGUCGAGCGCGCCAGCACUUGGAUUGAGAGCGACCAUGGCGGCUCCGGCGGGGAAGAAGGCCGACUGGGCCCUGCUCGGGCGCUGAGGCGGGCUGCCCUUCGGCAAGGAGGGCCAGGGACACGAGAGGCCUCCCGCGGCGUCCAGGGAGGAGGAGACGGAGCAGCAAGGCCGUCCCUAGCGCCAGGCAAGCAUCCCAUGCCUUCCUGAGGAGACGCGAGGCAGUCAGUCAGGAACUAAAUGACUGACUGACUGACUAAAAGCGUCACAUCAUCUUCCUUCGAGGAGCGGAUAUACCUGGGCCCUUUGUUAAGCAGCCAAUCUUUGCCUCGCACCUUGCCUCUUGGCGUUUAAGUGGCCGAAGAACAAAACAUUUGCCUCUGCAUCAUGACCGGGUGCCAUAACGUGGUUUUCCUCUUGGACACAGCCAGCUCCUUGGAGAAGAGCCACCUUUCUCUGGGUGUCUUGAGGAUCCUGAAUUUCCUGGGCUGCAAAUUUGGCCUAUCGAGGGUCCGCUGGGGCUUCAAGUUCUUUGAUUCCUUGGGCACCCAGGGCAGGACUUCCCAGGUGGGCAGCUUCCAUGAGCUUGGAUCCCGGAGUUGGGAAGACUUUGAGGAAGCAGCGGAGGCCCGGUUUGGCGGCCGGAUCCGCAGCCCACGCCUGCCUGGUCCAGUGCCUCGGGCCACCCUUACUCAGAACAUACUAAAAGAAGCACUGCUCGAUUACCAGUGGGACCGGCCUGAAAUUGCCUCGCCCACCAAGCUGUUUUUGAGGAGCCAAAAGAACAAGUUGACUGUCACCCUGGAUAAACUUCCAUCAAGCUCUUCUUGUGAGGACUUUGAGAAUGCCAUUUUCCUCUUCUCUCCCUGUCCUCGUUCUCAGAGGGACUUGCUACAGUUUGCUUUUGGAAGUUAUGUUCAUGUGUCUGAUGAACUCCCUCCUUUUCAUGAUGUGACAGACAAAUUCAUCCCUAAGGGAAUUCAGGAAAUGAUGCUUAGCCAGAAAAUCACUCUGUAUUGGGUGGAUACCACUGAACCGAUGAAGCUUCUUGAAUCCCCAGAUUGUAUGGGUUACAGGCUGUUGUCUGACUUGAUGCUUCUCUUGGGAGGCACCAUUUUGCCAUCUGAGAAUUUUAUUCAUUAUUUAAAUCACCAAAGAGGAGGAACUGUAUCUGCCGUCCCUGUCAAGUUCUGGGAUGCUGAGCCAGCAUUAAAUAAAACUUUGCCUUUCGAUUCCAGUUUGAACUGCUUGUUUUCUCUCCCUUCUGUUCUGCAAGCUACUUUCCCUCCUCUGGAAGGAGUGCUGUUCCUCAGGACUGAUGAAAUAGGGGAGGUACAGAGCUGUGCUGUGACCUUGGAGCCUCUAACCUUGAGCCAACAGUGUUUCAAAGGGCCAGUCAAUAUUUCUCUUAAAUGCGCUGUAACAGGCUGGAAUGCAGUGCAUAUAGAGAGCUUUUACGCAGAGAGCUGGAUUCUGCGCAGCACAUCAUCCAGACCAUCCUGUAAGGAGCCCUCUUUGUUUCAGCAGUUCAUGAAAUACAUUCUGGCCCAAGGAUUACAUUUGGUUGCUGAAGUUUAUCAGUUUGGAGCCUCUUCUCCCUGCACUGGAAUUUUCUCCCCCAUCUCUGACUCAACUGCUAUUCUUUCUCAUCUCUCUGCUGAGCAAGCUCCUGAGGUGGAAACAUUCUUACUUCAGACAACUAGGGAGUGUCAUGUCACCAAAGAUGAUGAUUUGCGUGUCCGAGAGAUUGUGAGCAAUGUCUUUAAUCAAGGAUGUGAUGACCUGGAAAGAAAUCAUAUGGGAAGUGCCGAAUGUCAAGAGGAAGCGUCAUUUCCAGAGUGGGCGCAGCAGGAGCUUUCCCGCACACCAUGCUGGAGUCCCGCAGUGAUGGAAGGCUGGUACUCUCUGUCAAAUUUCUGUGGAGCAAGUUCACACUUGAUGGAAUCAUUCAGGCUGCUCCUGGCAGAUUCUGCUACAGAGGAAGAGGAGGCUUCCAAACCUGAAGCAGAGUUGACACACUGCUUGUCAGAAUUUUACCAGAGAAGAGUCUCAGACCAAUCAGCUGCAUCUCGCCAACAAGAUCACAGAAAGAGACGUAAACUUCCUCGGACCCCCGUGAGGCAGAAAAUGAAGACCAUGCCUCGUUCCCUGCAGAUGCUGAACGUUGCGAGGCUGAAUGUCAAGGCUCAAAAGUUCCAGCCAGAAGGAGAGCCACCAAUCAGUGAGAAGGCUUCCCAAGGGCUGUUAUCAAAACCAUCAGAGGAUAACGUGAAUGGAAAGGGUAGAACGGCAAAAAGCUUCAGGACUGAGGAAGAAAUGCUGUCCUACAUAACAACAAACUACCAGAAGGCUGCAAUUGAUGGCGAAAACUUGCUCACACAUGCCCAGGACAUGGUAGCAACUGUUAAUAUAUUCCAGAAGUUGAAUGAGGCAGCCUUUCUGGAUACAGUGAAGAGCAGCCUCUUGAAGACCAGCAAAGCUCUCCGUCAACAACUUGGCAGCGAUCCUGAUCAAGAAGCUAAAAUCAAAGAGUGCCAGCUUCAGGUGUACUUGCGCCUAGAAAUGUGCCGUCAGUGCCCUUCUUUACAGAACAACAUUGAUGGGAUGGAUCAGCUUGUUGAAGAGUUGACAGAAAUGUUGAGGAUCUUGUGCUUGACCAAGGACCCAGGAUACCUCACUCGAUUCUUGGAAGAAGUUGUAGACGUGUAUAUGGAAACGAUGCCAAAAAUCCUUGGCGAUUUGUACUACAGCUUGGGGACACAGAUUCCUGCUAAACUGGCCUCGGUCCUUCCAGCAGAUUUUUUCAGUGAUGACUCAAUGAGUCAGGACAGCCAGGCCCCUUCCGUUCACCCUUCCGCAUCAUCUGUUCCUGUUUCCAGCAUCGUUUCCCUGAGCACUGAGGCGGAGCAGCUGGAAGAACUGCGCACCAGAUCAGCUAAGAAAAGAAAGAAUACACUAGCCAGGCACCGUAGUGUGACAGAAACCUCACAGAAUUUACGCCAAAUAGAGAUUCCUCAAGUCCCAAAGCAUCGUGCCAGAAAGGACAAUUCUUAUGCUUGCCUUGAUGUGAAGUCAGCCCCAGCACCACAGAAAGCGGCAGGACAAGAAGUGACCAAGGUUCGAAGGACCCUCUUCAACGAAAACAUCCUUUCCCCGGGCAAAAGAUCUCUUGCAAAGAUGUCUCGAAGUCGGUCUGUGUCAGCUUUGGAAGGCCUGAAACACAAACGUAGCCAUUCAAAAGAGAGCCCUAGAGAGAAUCAAACGCUGCUGACCAAAACGGUGCCAGAAACCCCGUUACACAAACAGAUCUCCAGAAGGCAGCUCUACAAGCAGAUCAAAGGCCGGUGUUCUGAUCCUGGGCCUGACGUCGGCAUUGUAGAGGAAUCCCCGGAAAAAAGCACAACCUUUACUUUAAGAAGAAGCCCACGGAUUAAGCAUCUGUUUCUGGACAGAACCCUCUCUGGCUCCUUCCACCCUUCGCAACGUAGUGAGAGGAAUACUCCCCGAAUGCAGUCUCUACAUCUCGAAUCCCCAGGUGAUCAAGAAAAUGUAAUAGGCUCGGCAUUGCCUUCUGCAAGAAAAGCUGUCCAGUCCCCCAAAAGCCUUCUCUUUGGAGCCGUCCUGGAGGAAUUCAGUUUGGGGGGGAUGCAUUCCCAGACACCAGAAAGAGAACCGUCGGCCUUUGAUGAGCCUGCUCUUUAUCAGACACCAAGAAAAAGUCCUCUUCAGUCUCCCCAGAGGCUUGUGACUCCCCCAGGCCAAGGCUUGAGAAGAUCCCCACGGCUGCAAGAGAAGCAACCACAGGCCGCUCAGAAAAGCCCUGUCCCAAAAUGCGCAGCUGCCAAGGGGCUGAGGAACGUCUUCUCUCCUCCUAAACAGAAGGACAAGUCUUUGCCCGAAUAUGUUGAAAAGGAAGAAAAUGACCCAGGCCAGCCAAUGGAGAGGCUUUCUUCUUCAACUGAGCUGCCAAAAUUGCAAAUCUUAGGAAGACAAGCAACACAGGAGGAGGCGCUUGAUGAUGUCUUUGCUUCGCCUCCAGGCAGUUGCGAUUCAGCAGCCCUUCUGCCUGCGGCAGUGCCUCCAGUCCCAUUAAAUUCCAGUGGAAAGUCAUUUUCCAAGCUGAAAUCUCUAAGGCGUUCCUUGCGAGCUACCCAGAAGAUAGCCUCUCCUCAGAAACACUCUCUGGACCCAGAAGGAGUUUUGUAUCUGGAGCCACACUUGCCACUAGAGUUGGACUCUCUGAAAGCAGCAGCCACAGUCUUUGGAGAAGCCCUCUCAGGACAGCCAGUGAGUCCAAAGAGUGCCAGGCUGACCGAGGCCUUUUCUGCACCUGAUCGGUCUCCUGCACUCCCGCAAGUGACAUCUCCGCCUUGUAACCAUCGCGAAGCCACAUGCACAGUCUCACCUCCCAGGAACCAAGAGUUGGCCAGGAAGUCUCAUCUGCCUGGAGGGUUUUCUUUGAGAUCCCAAAAUGUCAGAGACUCCUCCCCACCGAAACGCCUUGAAUCUGCUUCCAGCCGGCCUGAAGAGCACUUGCUCAUGUGCGGAAAGAAUGAGAAGGAACAGAACGGAGGGAGUAGUUCUGAUGAAACCCAUACAUUCUGCAAACCUGGGCAUAGAGAGAAUGCAUUCUUGGGACAGAGUCACAGACAAACUAAUAGGAUCAUGAUGCAAAGUCAGAGGAGAGUGUUUGAAAGAUGCUCGUCUCCUGGGUUAAAUAAAACCCAGAGGAUUUUCAAAGACGUCAUAGUGGUGUGUGAAGAGCUUGAUAUUUCCUCUGUAUUAAACAAAGCCCUCCCAAGUAGCUCUCAAGGAGAUCAAGGUCCAGGAGCUUCAUGUGGCGGAGCAAAAAAGGCCAUUACGGGGAAAGAGGAGCAAAUUCCUCCCGUCCAUAGCGAGCCUGCUCUGCCGACAGCCACAAAGGCUGGUUCUUGUGCCUAUGCGCUGCGCUGCACCCCAGACAGAAGGCAACGGGAGGCUGAAGCGCGGCUUGGGAAUCCGGAGAAGGUGGUGAGAGCCGGUGCCCCUCGGACUACUUAUUAUCCAGCACCUGCAGCCGCCAGCGCACCGACCUAUGAGGUCGAGCUUGAGAUGAAAGCUUCUGGCCUUCCAAAGCUACGAAUCAAAAGAGUUUCCUCUGUGACCGCUCCGGAAGUGCCACCCCCUGAGGUGCCUGGGAAAGCCCAAACAGAGGACGAAAGCGAUCUUGCCGCAAGGGAUCUUUCUGGGACUUCCUCUGGGAAAUCGGAGACGGCGUCCAUCUCCCCGCCCUGCACCCACUCUACCCACAGCACCCCGGGAAAGUUUGGAGGCGGGCAGACCUACAUAUGUCAGUCAUACACACCCACACACUGCUGCACCUCUGCUUAUACUUGUUCCCCAUCCCAAGGCAGUGGCCUUCCAUGGACACCUUCUCCAAAGCAUAAAGGAAAAGUAACUCCAGAAGCAAUUAAGGACUGGCCGCGGAGGAAGAAGGCCUCUAUGGGCAGCAGGAAGAGGGAACGGCUUGCAGAGGCGGAAGUGGCCACCCAUAAUGCCGCAGGAAUGGGAACUUCUGAGCUCUUAAGUGGCAAUAAAGUAUUGCACCAGGGGGAAUUUGAACUGGAAGGAGUUUCUAGUCUUCUAGACGAGUCCACUUGCAGCGACACAGAGCCCAGUGGGGACGAGAACAUUUGCAGUGGAGCAUCUCAACUGAAGUCCAGGAAAAGGACUUUUGAAAACGUGUCUCCAGAAAAGGAGAAGGGCCUGGGAGCAAAGAAGUCCUGCCCAAAGAGAGAGCACCCCGGGGCAGCUGCCUUCAUGGCGGAGCAGAGCAUUGAAGAAGGAGUCGAGUCCACAGACAGGGCAAUCCUGGAAGAAGAGGCCUUCUCGGUGAUGACUCCACCCAAGUCUUCAGGAAAGGGCACCGUCUCUGCCAGUGGUCUUCGGGCGCUGGCUCAGUCUCCGCUUCUCUAUCAAGGCUGUGCCCCUUCUUCCCUCAGGAAGUGUGCCACUGGCGAUGACGCUGAUGUGUUUGGAGGUGCAAACGAAGACUCGUCUCCCUUCCGCCACGCAGGCACCAGGCAGCGUUCUGUCAGAACCUAUUCACGGAAAAGAUUGCUCACUUGAACUCGGGAGCAGAAUGCCAGGAUAUUCUGAACAAGCUGGUCAAGCUGCCUUGGGCAACUUUCAGGUCAAACCCAAGUUGUUUUUGCCAGCCACCACUUAUGCUUAUGCAUGUGCAGCUGUUUUGCAGCAAGGAAAAGCCCUGCCUGCCAGAACCAGGAGAGAGAGAAGUGGCUCUUGCAAGGCCAAAACAUUGCUGUCAACACGAUGCAGUUUGGGAACAAAGGUGGGGCCGCCACAUGAGCGCAUCAAACAAGUAUGUAACUAUGGGGAACCAAUUACCAAUUUUUAAUGAUUAUUGUAAAUAAAUUAGUACGCUCUGGUAA